UGUUUUAAACCAUGUUUCACCUGCUGCUGUUGGCCGGCGUGGUCCUGGGAGGAUACAUCCUCCUCACACAGACCCUCUUCAAAAGAUCCAAAUGUAAAGGAAACGCAGCGAUGGCCGGGAAGACCAUCAUCAUAACAGGAGGGAACACCGGCAUCGGUAAAGCCACAGCUCUGCACCUGGCCAGGAAGGGAGCCAGAGUGAUCCUGGCCUGCCGAAACCGGGACAAGGCCCAGUCCGCCAUCACAGAUAUACAAGAGGAAACAGGAAGCACUGACGUGAUCUACAUGCAGUUGGACUUAGCCAGUCUGAAGAACGUCCGCUGCUUCGCUGAAACUUUCUUGAAAACGGAGUCCAGGCUGGAUCUGCUUAUCAACAACGCCGGUCUGGUGGCUGACGGGCGGACAGAAGACGGUUUCGGCAUUGAGUUCGGGGUGAACCACCUGGGACACUUCCUGUUGACCUGCCUGCUGCUGGAACGUCUGAAGGAGGCGGGUGGAGGACGAGUGAUCACCCUGUCCUCAAUGGCUCACCGCUGGGGACACGUCGACUUUGAGGCUCUGGCGGCAAACAAAGACCUGGGCACCGGUGGGUACAGCUGGCAGUUCUUCCAGGCUUACUGCAACAGUAAACUGUGCAACGUGCUCUUCACCCAUGAGCUCGCCAAGAGGCUGAAAGGAACCAACGUCACCUGCUACAGUGUCCACCCAGGUGUUGUUCGGACCGAGCUGUCACGUCACGUCAGCCUGUGGCAGAAGGUUUUCAUCGAACCCGUGGCCCAGAUGCUGUUCCUGGACCCGGAGGCCGGAGCUCAGACCACGCUGCACUGCUGCCUGCAGGAGGGAAUCGAACCUCUGAGCGGACGUUAUUUCUCUUGCUGCGCCGUACAGGAAGUAUGCGCCCGGGCCCGAGAUGAUGUCGUGGCCCGGAAACUGUGGGAGGUCAGCGAGAUGCUCUGUGGACUCUCUUAGGACGAAAUGACCACAAAGGACUUUUUCUCUGCUUUAAAUUUAAUUGAGUCCAUGAACCAUGAACUCUCCCUCUGUUUAAAACGGAUUACUCUGGUGUUAUAGUGUGAUAAGUUGGACUUUGUGUCUCCACCAAUGUAAUAACAUUAAUAACAAUACAUUGUGCACGUCUAGUUUUGCUGUGUUACAUAUCUUAAUCACCCCUCUCACGUU